UCUUGUAUCUUUUUUGUAUAGCAGAAACGGCAUGGACAACAUGUUACAGUUCAUGAAGCUAGUAGGACAGUUAAAGCGUGUUCCGAGGACUGGUUGGGUUUACCGGAAUGUUAAGCAACCCGAAAGUGUGUCUGAUCACAUGUACAGGAUGGCGAUGAUGGCAAUAACGCUCCAAGACCCCGGUGUAAACAGAGAGAGAUGCAUGAAGCUGGCUUUAGUCCAUGACCUGGCUGAGUGCAUCGUCGGAGACAUCGCACCGGCCGACAACAUCAGCAAAGCCGAGAAACACAGACGAGAAAAGGAUGCGAUGGUUCACAUCACAGGCCUGUUGGCUGAAGAUCUGCGUCAGGAGCUGUACCAGUUGUGGGAGGAGUAUGAGUCUCAAUCGAGUCAUGAGGCGAAAGUCGUGAAGGAGCUGGACCAGCUGGAGAUGAUCCUACAGGCUCAUGAGUAUGAGGAGCUGGAAGGGAACCCGGGCCGACUGCAGGAGUUCUUCAUCUCCACUGAAGGCCGUUUCCAUCACCCGGAAGUCCUGGCACUGGUGAAGAGCAUAAACGAGGAACGAGCACGUCACAUGGCCAAAGCAGGAGAGACUGGAUCAGAGAAAACAGCAGAACUGAACUGCCACCUGACAACGACAGACUGCUCGUGACCUGACGCUGACGGUUACACAUCAGGACGUACUGUACAAUAUUAAAGUUAAGAUUUCAUUCUCACUAACCAGGAUCCACCUGGAAAUAAAAAUAAUGUUAGAAAA